GGAUGACGUUGCCACGCAAAGGGCCCCUCUCUUCUAGGUUCCGAUAUUGAAACUGAGCCCAUGUUGCCUCCCGCUUUCCCUUUAGGUUCCCCUCUUCGUCUUUCUUGCAUCUCUCUCUCAGUGUUUUGACUUGCUGCUACUUCUUUUCAUCUCUUUUUUAUUUCCCCACAACCAAUCAUUGCAGGCUGCCAUAGUAUAUAUAGCCUUCGAAGUCCAGAGACCGACAAUAUGGUUCGGAAGGAUCCCAUCUUCGAAGCUCGUACUAAUGUGAAGUUACACUCCAACCGGCUUAAGAAAGAGGCCGCUCGCGCCGAAUCGACUUUCAAAUCUGAGAAGGCAAAAGCAGACAAGGCCAUGAAAAAUCGCGAGUUCCAGAUCGCCCGCAUCCACGCUGCCUCUGCAGUACGCGAGAAACGAAGACAGGUAACCCUCAAGGAGGAAGCAGCCCGCGCAGAUGUUAUCAUCAACGAGCUCAAGGCAGCACAAAGUACUCGUGAUACGUCUCGCACUUUAGCCCUAGCAUCUCGGGGCUUAGAUGCUGCGUCUAAGAGCGUGAAUCUUGAGGCGUUAGUCUCCCAUGCGAACAACUUUCUAGCACGUUCCGAGGAUUUCAAAAUCGCUAGUAGUGCAAUUGAGGAUGUUGCACAGGGCGUCUCCAUGCGAGAAUACGGUGCUGAGGGUGAAGCCGACGUUGACCGCCUUAUGGAGCAGCUUGCGGAUGAUGCGGGCGUGGACCUACGCAUGGCUCUGGAUGCAGACGCCGCCCCCAAAGAGGACGUCAAGAAUCAGAAAGAAGCUGAGGCAGACCUCGAGGAUGGCUUGGGCGCCAGGCUACGAGCUUUAAGGGCUGCGAGCUGAUCCUUCAACUCCCUCUUCAUGUCCGUCUCUCUUGUCAGCAAUUUCCGUUGCUGCUUGGUUGGUCGGAUGCGACCGCCAUUUGUUAGCUUUGCUACUAUCGUGCGGACUUUAACGAAGUUAUGCCCACCUGUUCACCUUUGUUACCAGGGCGCUUGUUUUUCCAGGACUUCCCCUCCCCUCUUCUGUCUAUCAUGUAUUGGUCUCUUAUGGGUGAAGGCUUAGCGUAGGUUCAAGUUUGGACUUCAAUGUAUACUCGGAGUACCUGGUGUCUUCUUUUCCUCUUCCUUUCUUUUUAUUUUUUUUUUUUAUUUUUUU